UCAAAACGUCGCUCCGGGUUGAGAGCGGUGCGUCAAACUCUCCACUGCAGCUUUUUUUAACGCUUUGAAACUUUUACGCCGGAUCAGAGCACGUGCUGUUUAAGUUCUUUUGCGAGAAGAUUGUGUGUCAUGUGCAGCAGGGGACCCAGAGAGCGUUGGCUUUCUGAAUAAAUCAUUUAUAACCUGUGGGAACAUCCUGAAGCUGAAAGAGGGUGAAAAUCCCGACGUUUUCUGUUUGAUAUAGACAGGUAUGUUUUCAGAUGCCUUGGAGGCCGUAGGACAGGUGGAGGGUUUGACGCUGUCCCCUCCACAGACUCUCCCAGACCCCGAUGAUGAAGUGGAAUUGGGCACCGAAACAAAAAGACGAGGCAGAUAUCGUCAUAGCUUACAGAUCCUCAAGCCCUUUCGGAUCACACACAAACAUCAGCACCCGGUGGACAAUGCAGGAUUUUUCUCCUUCAUGACCCUGCAGUGGCUGUCCCCUCUGGCAUGGAAGGCCCACAAAGCGUCCUCUCUCAAGAUGGAAGAUGUGUGGGGUCUGUCUUGCCACGAGGCCUCAGAAACAAACUGCCAAAGACUGGAGUGGCUGUGGCACGAGGAGCUCAAGCGGCGAGGGAAGGACGGGGCGUCUCUGUCCCGGGUGUUCUGGAGGUUCUGUCAGACCCGUAUGUUGGUGGCCAUCUUCUCCCUGCUCAUUACCAUGGUGGCUGGAUUUGUUGGACCUGCUCUGCUGAUCCGAGCCCUGCUGGAGUAUUCUCAGUGCACAGAGGUGAAGCUGCUGUACGGCCUGGCUCUGGUCGGCGGGAUUUUCCUCAUGGAGCUGACACGCUCCUGGUCUCUGGCUUUCAUGUGGGCUGUCAACUACCGCACGGCCACCCGCCUCCGGGGAGCCGCGCUCACUUUCGCCUUCCAGAAGAUCCUGCGACUACGCAGCACUAAAGACAUCAGCACUGGAGAGCUGGUAAACAUUUGCUCCAGUGAUGGACAGCGGCUGUACGAGGCCGUCUCAGUGGGCUGUCUGCUGGCCGGAGGGCCUCUCGUUGGGAUUCUGGGUCUGUUGUACACCGUCUAUUUCUUAGGACCGACGGCACUCGUGGGAUCGGCCAUUUUUGUCAUCUUUUAUCCCACCAUGAUGCUGGCCUCCCGCUUGACGGCGUAUUUCCGUAAAAGGUGUGUGGUGGUUUCGGACCGGCGCGUCCGGCUGAUGAACGAGAUCCUGGGCUGUAUUAAGUUCAUUAAGAUGUACUGCUGGGAGACAGCGUUUGCCAACAACAUCCAAAAGGUUCGAUCAGAAGAGAGGAGGAUACUGGAGUGGGCCGGCUGUGUUCAGAGCCUGACGGUGGGCGUGGCUCCAGUAGUGGUGGUGAUAGCCAGCGUGUGCACGUUCACUCUUCACAUGGCUCUAGGCUAUGAUCUCACUGCGGCACAGGCCUUCACCGUCGUUGCUGUUUUCAACUCCAUGACCUUUGCUCUGAAGGUCACGCCCUUGGCGGUGCGUGCUUUAUCCGAAGGCUCCGUGGCCGUGAAGCGAUUUCAGAAGCUCUUCUUGAUGGAGGACAGGGAGCUGAUCUCAAGCAAAACAGAAGAUCCUUAUAAUGCGGUGGAGUUUAAAGACGCCACACUGGCCUGGGAGAAGGCCUGCGAGGGUCGCUGGAGAAAAAAAAAGUAUCCCAGUUUCUAUGAUGUCCUACCGAGCCCAGGGUCGCACAUCUUGAGCUGCUGCCCGAAAGCACUGGGAGAGGGGAGGUACCGAUGGCGCCAUGACCAGGUGCUGAAGGCAGUAGCUGAUACCAUCUGUGCCGGAAUCCAGCAAAUCAAGCACCAGCCCCCAGCAAGGCCAUACAUUGUUUUCGUCAGGGCCGGGGAGAAGCCUCAGUCACAGCCAAAGGUCCCAGCUGAUCUGCUAUCCACAGCAGGUGACUGGCAGCUGAAGGUGGACCUGGGGAGGCAACUGAAGUUUCCAGACCACAUCACCAGCACAACACUCAGGCCAGACAUGGUCCUAACAUCAGAGAGUACAAAGCAAGUGGUGUUACUGGAACUCACAGUCCCCUGGGAAGACAGGAUUGAGGAAGCUUUUGAGCGGAAAAAGGCGAAGUAUCUGGAUCUGGUGGAGGACUGCAGGCGGAAGGGGUGGAGGGCCCGCUGUGAGCCAAUUGAGGUUGGCUGCAGAGGAUUCCCAGGACAGAGCCUGCACAGAUCACUCAGGCUGCUUGGAAUCAGAGGUGCUCAAGAAAGGAAAGCCACCAGAAACAUCUGCGAGGCAGCGGAGAAAGCCUCUAGGUGGCUGUGGAUUAAAAGGGGAGACGUAUGGCUUAGUGCGCUGCUUGGACACAAGUCGGGGUCUGAUCAUCCCCGGCUGGGUCGCCCAGCCAGUGACAUCCAGGAAAGGCUGGAUGACGACUACGAACAGUGUAGUGACGGCUGGAGAGACAGUGGACAGCUCGGAGAGACGGCAACCGGGGCAGCAAGGGUUAGCACCCCAAGCUGCAGCUCCCGUGAGGGCUGCAAGAACCUUAAAGGUCUGAAGAUCCAUCAGACGAAAAUGGGCUGUAUGAGGAGGGAGCAAGCUGAACAACGCACAGAGGCAGUGCAAAGCACGGCCCCUGGUGAGACGGAGGAGGAGCAGGACCCGGAGUCAACCCACAGUGUUCAGAACCUCCAAGCUCAGCGUGCUCCACCCAACAAUCCAUCCGAACAUCGCAGGGUCUUGUGGCCAGCGGCACACAAGGAGACUGAGUGGCGCCAGUUCGACGAAGAUGUAGAUGGUGCCUUGGAAGCAUCAUCGAAAGGGAGUGUGGACCAGCAGCUCCAAACGAUGUGCACCUUCAUCAUCUGCAUCGGUGCUGAGCGGUUUGGUAUCAAACAGCCAAAGGCCAAGACCAUAGCUAGACCCAACAGGCGAGAGAACAAGAUCACUGCACUCAGGAGAGACUUGAAGUCCUUGAAACAACGUUUUAAGAAGGCGAGCGAGGAAGAAAAGCCCGCCCUGGCUGAGCUCCGGGACAUCUUCAGGAAAAAGCUCAUCUCCCUACGUCGUGCUGAGUGGCAUAGGAGGAAGGGUAGAGAGAGGGCCCGCAAGCGCACUGCCUUCGUAGCUAACCCUUUUGGGUUUACGAAGAAGCUGCUUGGGCAGAAGCGGAGUGGGACCCUCAUGUGCACAGAAGACGACAUCAACCGCCAUCUCUCUGAAACAUACAGUGACCGGCUGAGGGAGGAAGACCUGGGCCCCUGCAGAGAACUAAUUUCACCACCACUACCAUCCAGCCAAUUUAACACCAAAGAGCCAACGCUGGCAGAGGUCAAGAACACGGUCAGGGCUGCACGGACCAGUGCAGCACCAGGGCCGAGUGGCGUGCCAUACAAGGUGUACAAGCACUGCCCAAGACUUCUGCAGAGGCUGUGGAGAAUCAUCAGGGUAGUAUGGCGAAGAGGCAGGGUAGCCAAGCAGUGGAGUGUGCAGAAGGGAGGAGUUCCAGGCUUCCCGGGCUGCAUUGAACACACUGGAGUGGUCACCCAGCUGAUCCGAGAGGCCAGAGAGAACCGAGGAGAUUUGUCAGUCAUCUGGUUGGAUCUAGCAAAUGCCUACGGAUCAAUUCCCCACAAGCUGGUGACAAAAGCCCUGACGAUGCACCAUGUUCCGCAGAAGAUCACAGAGCUCAUACAGGACUAUUACAGUAGUUUUAGUAUGAGAUUUACAUCUGGAUCUAUAACAUCAGCAUGGCACCACCUAGAAAAAGGCAUCAUCACUGGUUGCACCAUAUCAGUGUCGCUGUUUGCCCUAGCGAUGACCAUGCUUGUCAAGGCGGCAGAAGCGGAAUGCAGAGGGCCUCUCUCCAGAUCUGGCACUCGCCAACCGCCAAUCAGAGCCUUUAUGGAUGACCUAACAGUCACAACAACAUCAGUGCCAGGGUGCCGCUGGCUCCUGAAAGGUCUGGAAAGGCUAACAUCUUGGGCGAGAAUGACAUUCAAGCCAGCUAAAUGCCGGUCCCUUGUGUUGAGGAAGGGGAGAGUUGAGGACAAAUUCCGCUUCUAUAUGAACGGUCUCCAAAUACCAUCAUUGACGGAGAAGCCGGUGAAGAGCUUGGGGAAGCUCUUUGACGUGACUUUGAGAGACACAGUAGCAAUCCAGGCCAUGCAUGCAGAGCUGAAAACUUGGCUUGCAGCAGUGGACAGGUCAGGCCUCCCCGGGAAAUUUAAAGCAUGGAUAUAUCAGCAUGGCAUUCUGCCAAGGCUUUUGUGGCCACUGUUGAUGUACCAGGUCCCAAUAACAACGGUGGAGACCCUGGAGAGAAACAUCAGCCAGUUCCUGCGCAGGUGGCUGGGUCUGCCGAAGAGCCUGAGCUGUAUUGCCCUGUAUGGGCACACCAACAAGCUCCAGCUCCCGUUCUCAGGCCUCACAGAGGAAUUUAAAGUAACAAGAGCCAGGGAGGUGUUACUGUAUAGAGACUCACUCGACACCAGAGUCUCCUCGGCAGGCAUAGAGGUCAGGACUGGAAGGAAGUGGAGGGCGCAGGAGGCAGUCCAGCUGGCAGAGGCAAGGUUGCGGCAUGGUGUGCUAGUAGGGUCUGUGGCGGUUGGGCGAGCAGGACUCGGCUGCCAUAAAACGCCGCGCUAUGACAGAGCGCAGGGGAGGGAUAGACGGCAGAUGGUUCAGGGCGAGGUCCGAGCAGAGGUGGAAGAGGAGCGGCGCAGUAAAACGGUGGCUAUGCGUCAGCAGGGAGCUUGGACCAAUUGGGAACAUGCACUGACUCGGAAAAUCACCUGGUCAGAACUUUGGAGGUCAGAGCCAGCAAGACUCAAGUUUCUGAUCCAGUCAGUGUAUGAUGUCCUACCGAGCCCAGCUAAUUUGCAUUGCUGGGGGCUAGCGGAAGCACCAUCCUGUCCUCUGUGCCCUGCAAGAGGGUCGCUGGAGCACAUCUUGAGCUGCUGCCCGAAAGCACUGGGAGAGGGGAGCAAAUCAAGCACCAGCCCCCAGCAAGGCCAUACAUUGUUUUCGUCAGGGCCGGGGGAGAAGCCUCAGUCACAGCCAAAGGUCCCAGCUGAUCUGCUAUCCACAGCAGGUGACUGGCAGCUGAAGGUGGACCUGGGGAGGCAACUGAAGUUUCCAGACCACAUCACCAGCACAACACUCAGGCCAGACAUGGUCCUAACAUCAGAGAGCGGAAGGGGUGGAGGGCCCGCUGUGAGCCAAUUGAGGUUGGCUGCAGAGGAUUCCCAGGACAGAGCCUGCACAGAUCACUCAGGCUGCUUGGAAUCAGAGGUGCUCAAGAAAGGAAAGCCACCAGAAACAUCUGCGAGGCAGCGGAGAAAGCCUCUAGGUGGCUGUGGAUUAAAAGGGGAGACGUAUGGCUUAGUGCGCUGCUUGGACACAAGUCGGGGUCUGAUCAUCCCCGGCUGGGUCGCCCAGAUGACCCUUCUUGGCGGCUCGGUAGCUGUAAACGGAGACUUCGCAUAUGUUGCUCAACAGGCCUGGAUCCUCAACGAUUCCCUCCGGGAAAACAUCCUGUUUGGAAAAAAAUACAUUGAGGAGAAGUACAAUGCGGUUCUGGAAGCCUGCUGUUUAUUUCCUGAUAUUAGUGAGCUACCAUAUGGCGAUAUGACUGAGAUUGGAGAGAGAGGGGCCAACCUGAGCGGCGGCCAGCGGCAGAGAGUGAGUCUGGCACGUGCGCUGUACAGCGAGAGACCCGUCCUUCUGCUCGACGACCCCCUCAGCGCCGUCGACGCUCGCGUGGGUUCGCACCUAUUUCACGGCGCCAUCCGCCGCGCGGCCAAGGGCAGAACUGUCGUCUUUGUCACGCACCAACUGCAGUUCUUGCCAGAGUGUGAUGAGGUGGUGUUAAUGAAGGACGGUCAGAUAGCAGAGCACGGCACGCACGUCCAGCUGAUGGAGAAAGGCCGAGACUACGCUGCCCUUUUCAACAGCGUGCAGCAAGAGAACCUAGUGAGGAAGAACCUGAAAAACAAGCAGAGGGCUGAGGAGGAGAGCAAACCGCUGUCCCUCCAUGUCAACAACACAGCCAAACUGCAUACUGAGAGCAAAAAAGGAGAUCAGCUCAUGCAGGCGGAGGAAAAGGGGAGCGGGGCCGUGGCCUGGCCGGUGUACGCCGCUUACAUCAAGGCUGCUGGUGGGCCUCUGGCCUUUGUUGUAAACAUCCUCCUCUUCCUCUUCACCACCGGCAGCAUCGCCUUCAGCAACUGGUGGCUCAGUCACUGGAUCAGGCAGGGCAGCGGGAAUUCAUCGCUGCUGCAGGGGAAUGAGACCGCCGAGAGCGACAGCAUGCGACUGAAUCCGCACGUACAGUACUACUCCAGGGUGUACGUCUUAUCCAUGGGGGCGGCGCUCUUCCUGAAGACGGUGCGAGGGCUGGUGUUCGUCAAGUGCACUGUGCGGGCAGCCUCAGUUCUGCAUGAUAAACUAUUUAAGACUCUACUUCUGAGCCCCAUGCGCUUUUUCGACACAACACCCCUGGGACGCAUUCUCAACCGAUUCUCCAGGGACAUGGAUGAGGUUGACGUGCGCCUGGCUAUGCAAGCUGAAAUGCUGCUACAGAAUGUGACACUAGUGCUGUUCUGCCUGGGCAUGGUGGGCGCUGUGUUUCCCUGGUUCCUGUUCUCCAUUAUUCCUUUAGGGGCUUUCCUCUUCAUCGUCAACCGAAUCUCCAGGGUGCUCAUUCGUGAGCUGAAGCGCCUGGAAAAUAUCAGCCAAUCCCCUUUCACCUCUCAUAUCACCAGCAGUCUGCAAGGCCUGUCCACUAUCUAUGCUUACGGCAGGGGUGCCGACUUCAUACACAGGAAUCAAGCUCUGCUUGACACAAACCAAGCGUGCCAUUAUCUGUUCAGCUGUGCUAUGCGUUGGCUGGCGGUGCGUCUGGACCUCAUCAGCAUUUCUCUCAUCACCACUGUAGCCCUCCUCAUCGUCUUCAUGCACGGCCACAUUCCUCCCGCCUACGCCGGUCUGGCCAUCUCCUACGCCGUACAGCUUACCGGCCUGUUUCAGUUCACCGUGAGGCUGCUUUCUGAAACCGAAGCCCGUUUUACAUCAGUGGAGCGGAUCAAUCAUUACAUAAAGAACCUGGAAAGCGAAGGUCCUCGACAGAUCUGCCGCUCCUCCGCUCCUGCUUCCAGCUGGCCAGAAGAAGGACGAAUCACCUUCCAGAAUGUAGAAAUGCGCUAUCGGGAUGACCUUCCUCUGGUUCUGAAGAAUCUCUCCUUUAGUGUACUUCCAGAGGAGACCGUAGGGAUAGUUGGCAGAACGGGCUCAGGGAAAUCUUCACUGGGCGUCACACUCUUCAGACUAGCGGAGCUCAGCCGAGGAUCAAUCAUCAUCGAUGGUGUCAACAUCGCUCACAUUGGUCUGGAGGACUUGAGGAGCAAGCUGUCAGUCAUACCCCAAGAGCCGGUUCUUUUCAUUGGUACUGUCAGAUCAAAUCUGGAUCCCUGGAAUCAAUAUACCGAUGCACAGAUCUGGGAAGCACUUGAGAAAACACACAUUAAGGACAUGGUGAGCCAGCUGCCAAAUUCACUGCAUUCAGAGGUGACGGAUAAUGGAGAAAACUUCUCAGUGGGAGAGAGACAGCUGCUGUGUGUGGCCAGAGCUCUUCUCAGACACAGCAAGAUCCUGCUGUUAGACGAGGCAACAGCUGCUAUUGACACAGAGACAGACCGACUCAUACAAGACACGAUUCGCACCUCGUUUAGUGGCUGCACCACCCUAGUGAUCGCACAUCGCCUCAACACUGUGCUGAACUGUGACAGGAUUAUGGUCCUGGACCAGGGGCAGAUUUUGGAGUUUGACACCCCUUCAAACUUGCUGGCCGAUGAAAACUCACGUUUUCAUGCCAUGAUGGUGGCAGCAGAAGAAACGCUUCGCCACCCCUAAGAAGUAAGCAGGCAGUGAAGACGUGGAGCCUUUGCUCAACAGCACAUCCAGAGAGAGCAGAGCUCCUUCAGCCUGCUAAGAAGAUUCACACCAGAAAUAAAUCCUUGAAGCUGCUCAGACUGUACUUUAAGACAACGAUAAUGCUGUAGCUAGUGAGAUUUUGUGUUUAUAUAGUAUAUAAUGUCAUGAAGAAGAGCUUUCCAAUGGGAACGUUCACUGAUGGCACUUUAUUUGUGUUACACGGCUGAAUAAUCCUGCAGGACUCCUGCAGUCAGUCUGAACAAGUGUUGAUUGAGUGUGUUUCUCGUACACAUCUUCCUUCUGCCUGUUUGGCAGAAGUAAAUUUUGCACACUGGUAAUUUAUUUGUUGUCAUGACUUUCGGCAUUUUGUAUGCUCUAUAAAGGUAUGCAAGAUAUGUAUUGACCAUAAGGUAACCUGUUUAUUUGCCUUAUUUGUAUCUGAUAUUUUCAAGGAUAUGAAUCCAACCAAAGAUGACAUUCAGAUCAGUCACACAUAUCAAUCAUUCCAGGAAUCAGCACAAAAUGUUUUAUUUUUAUUAUUUUGUAUUAUUUGCUUGUGCUUUUGUUACUCAUACUGUGUAAGUUUUGUGCCUCUGCUGUUAUAUAUUUGGGGGAUGAGCAUUGUGCAAAUACUGUAACGUGAAUGCAGUAAUUCAACAAGACAGUGCUGUUAUUAUUUGUAGUCUAAGUGCAUAUUUCUGACAUCACAUCUGUUUUCUUUUUGUUUAAAACUUUCAUUGUUGGGUUAUUAUGCUGGGUUAUGUUCUUAGAAGAUUCAUGGAAUCCAAAGAGACUUUAAUAUAUGUUUGAAAUCAAGUUUAGUCAUGCACAUGUGGAAGCUGGGAAGAUAUUAAUCUUAAAUAUCUCAUUAAUUCUUGAGGAGUGCCUGUACUACUUUAUAUCAAGACUACGCUCUGUGAUCUCUUCAGGAAUGAAUGACUUGGUUGUUUUUAUUUUCCAGGCUGAAAAUUGCACGUUUAAGAACCUGAAUUAUGCAGAAAUUUGGGUCUAUAGCCCUUCGGGGGUCUAUAUAUAUUUUUGUAUAAAUAUAUAUGCCAUACUGUGCAGUAUCUGUUUAGAUAUGUAUCUUAGAAGUAUCAAGAUGAAGAGAAAUCGGUUCACAAGCUUAGAUACAGUGUGCUAAUCGUUAAGAGUUGCCUUGUUCUUUAUGAUUCAGAGAUUAUAGUUUUGUGGUUGUUUUAUGAACACUUGUUUUAUGAAAAUGCUUUAUUAAAUAAAGAUUAUAUUUAUACAUUUAA